AAUGUGAAAGCCCCAACUUUGGAGACAACUGCUCCAGCACCUGUGAGUGUCGAGGUAGAGGGACCUGUGACAAUGUCCGCGGAUGUGUCUGUGAUGAGUCCUGGUCAGGGAACAACUGUGAACAAGAUGUGAAUGAGUGUGCAGAUCCUGACAGAUGUGCUGAUGGACUAGUCUGUGUCAAUGAGCCUGGUUCUUUUAGCUGUGUCUGUCCAGAUGGUUACUUGAUGGUCAGUGGAGUUUGUACAGACAUUGAUGAAUGUGCAGACUAUAAGAAUCGCUGUGAUCUGAAUGUUGAAGAUUGCUAUAACAACAUUGGCAACCACAGCUGUCAGUGUAAGGAAGGCUACACAAGAAAUCUGGCUACAGGUCUUUGUGAAGACAUUGAUGAGUGUGCUAACUACAUUGAUGACUGUGAGCACCUCUGUGAGAAUGGGCCUGGAAGUUACAGGUGUCUUUGUCAUCAGGGAUACACACUGGCUGCUGAUCGAUACAGCUGUGAGCAAUAUAAAAGUGUCUGUAACCUGAGCUGCAGCCUUGGGUGUAGUCUUGACGAUACUGGGACACCAUUCUGUGUCUGUCCCCGUGGAUACACAGGGACUGGAACAAAUGAUUGUCAAGAUAUAAAUGAGUGUCUGUCAGAGGAAGACAACCUGUGUGAUGACCAGGAGAGAUGCACAAACAUAGAGGGAGGGUACACUUGUUCCUGUCAGCCUGGCUACAGGCUGGAGAAUGAUGGCAGGAAGUGUGCAGCCUGCCUUGGGGGAACCUGGGGCAUGCAGUGUAACAGUAGCUGUGCUUGUGGGAAAGGAGCUAUUCAUUGUGACCCAGUAUUUGGAUGUGUCUGUAAACCUGGAUACACAG